AUGGCAAGUCCGACUCCUUCAGUUCUACCUCCUGGUUACAAACCACCCAUAGCACUCGUGGACGAUGAUCACCAUGGAGCUUGGGUGCACAUAUGCAAUGCAUUUGGUCUGACAGUGAUCCUUACCACUCUUGCCGUGAGAGUCUGGAUUCGAAGGAAAAUCAGUCCGCCUUUCAGCUAUGACGAUUACACACUCCUCGCUGCAACGAUACUGGCCAUGAUACACAGCGGGCUGAUGUUUGGAGUGGUUCAUCAAGGACUUGGAACUUCGAUCAAUCUGAUCGAAGAUGCGGAUCUCGUGCGCGUAGAGAAGAUGACUUAUGCCGCCGACCUAUUCUAUAUCUUCGCGAUAUACGCUGGCAAAUGCAGUGUCGUACUGCUUUUCAAGCGAUUAGCAGCAGACAGGAAGCAUGUGGUAGUAUCGUGGGCACUACUGGGCGGAUGCUGCACUUUCGCUUUCAUCUCUACGGUCCUGGUCGCAUUGCGCUGCGAUGUCGCGCGACCAUGGAUCCAGUAUAACGCUGACUGCGGCAGCUCGAACGCGCAAUGGAGAGCUGUGGCAGCUUUUGACCUCGUCAGUGAAGUCUGGCUGUUCUUGAUCAGUAUUCUGCUUGUAUGGGGGCUGUAUACGAAGGCGGCCAAUAAGGGACGGGUCAUCAUGGUGUUUGGCAUCAGACUACCUAUUAUCGCGAUCAUUGCUCUGCGACUGGUCUACCUCCAAGACGAAAUCGAAUCAGACAACCCCACCCUGGCCGCAGCAAUACCAGGAGUUCUUAGCCAGGUCGAGAUAUUCUACGGUCUCAUGACGGCGACAGUACCAUGCCUACGACCUUUCCUUGCAGGUUUCGCUACGUAUUACGGCGCCAUGGGAGGAGAUACCGUCAUUGGAGGAUCGCAAGUUGCAUCCGGGGGCAAGAAAGAUCAGAGCGGAUCGCACAGUGGAAGCUUUCGCAUGGGCUCUCUGAUGCCAAGGCCGCAGUCUCAGUCGAAGAACAGGCGAUCCAUCAUACGCGAUAAGAUGACGAGGUCGAAGAACAGAGAUAUGCCAAGCGCCAACGAGAUCAACAGCUGGCGGCAGGUUCCCACAAACAGCAGGACGACGGCCACACGAGGAAGUCAAUUCGUUGAUCUUCAUAACAGAAGUAGCUUGGGAAGCAAUGAUAGUACGAGGAUGAUCAUCAAGAAGCAGGUGGAGUUUCGAGUUGGGAGCGAGCAUAACACUGGAAUCGAUCACGAACCUGUCGACAAUGUUGGAGGACCCCCGGACCGCCGGGAAUCCUAG